AGGUUAAAGUUAUAACAUGCCUAUUUGUGAUCUAUGUGAUGGAGAAUCGUUUUAUGAUCUUGAUGGCAAGUAUUAUUGUGUCAGUUGCAGUACACAAUCUCAGAACUAGCAACAUAAGCGUGGUUGAGUGGAUUCUGCCUCCGGUUAGUAAACCAAGGGUUCAAGGCUCGUUUUCUUGGAAGUACAAGUUGAAGCAAGACAAGAAAUGGGUUACGGAAAAGAUUAUUGUAGUCAACUUCAACAAAGAACUGGAAAAAAAUGUGGAAAAAAAAAUAUGCCCCAUAAUGUUGGACACACUUGGGUUAUUUAUGAAGGAUAUCAAUAUUUGAUAAAAGCACAAGUUGAAGCUCUUGUAAAAAUGGGGUUUGAUGCUCAAUUAAAAAAUGUUGUUGGUGAUUUAUGGUUCGCCUAUUUACGAGAAAUGAAAGUUGCUUUUUUUGAUGGAGAACCUACCACCAUGAAGUUGCAAAAAAGAAAUCAUGAAGGUGGUAGAAAUUUUAAAAAAAUUGGAGUCAUCCCACCCUAUAUUAUCAAAAGAAAAUCUAAAAGUUAUCUAAUAAAGGAAGAGAAACGGAGAAACAAGCAAGGAUAUUUUAGUUUAACAUUAGAAGGGAAUGGUUCGGAACAUUUAAAACAACAAGAAGAACCUGAAACACAUUGCUUGAAUCCUGAGCUUGAAAAAUGUUUUACACAGAAACAUACCAUGAUAUUUUGUUAUUUAGGACUUUUGCUGCUGGGAGAACCCAUUCUUAUUACAGAUUUACUGAGGUGGUCAAAUGAAGGAACUCUUCCUUAUCAUAAAGCUUCAGUUGUCCUUCCGGAGACAAUGAAAUUUGUUUUUAGAGAUGAUGCAAAACUUUGCAGAAGAAAGACUCCUACAGCAAAUGAGAUGAGCAUUCUUGCAAAAAAAAUUAUUGAAAAACUAAAACUAAAUAUAAACUUUUCAAAUGAAGAGUUAAAGCUACUAUUAACAUCUGUUAUAGUUGACUUGGAAUUUGACUAUGCUGUUUUAAAGAUUGUUCACUUUUUGACUGAUAGUGUUAAUUUUGGAUUUUCAUAUGAUGUUUCUUCAUGGAAUACAAAAUUUGUUUUAGAAGGAUAUCUUGCUGCAUUCAUUUUUUAUGCCACAAAAUUGUUAUAUUAUCUUGAUGGAGAAUCAGAAGAAAAUGACGUCAUCAAUGUUCAAGCCUUGUUCCGCUUCAAUUUAACACGUGUAGAAACUUGGAAACAUUGGAUGUUUAAAAAUACAAAUAAAGUUAAAAAGAAGCUUCACAAUGGCAUACCUCAAAAUUUAAAUGAUUUAAAAUAUAUAAAUGACGUUUCGACAUAUGUUGAUUAUUGUUGUAAAGAUGUUUUUAGUAGCUUCCAACCUCGUGAUUGUGUUCUGGCCACGCACGAGCAGAUGAGUCGGGUUGUAAGACGAGUAACUUCUAACAGUGAAACAAAAGAAAGUUUAUUUAAAAUUUUUAAUGCUUCUGCUCGUCACUUUAAUGAAGAAGUAGAUUUAGAUAACAUCAUUAGAUUACCUAGUAGUUUUCCACAGAGUCACAGUCUAAUUGGCGAGCCACUAUAUACUAUGAAUGAUACGUCCGAUUCAGAACUAAAAUUAGAGGUGAAAAAUUGCUUAUGUAGAAAUACCGGCGCUUCCAAAAAUUUACCAUCAAUUAGUUAUGCUAGCUUAAUGGAGCCUAAUGAGUCUUGUAAAUACUUAAUAGAUGUGUUGUCUAAACGAUUUUUGAUAGAUGAAAGUGAGCUGCAGAUAUAUUUAAAAGCUGUUGGACUUGCCAUACGCAAUUCUACGUUGAAUGUGUUUGCUUAUUAAAUAAUAAACUGA